GAUCAAGUAUACACACCGAUUACUUUUAGUUGUUACUAUGAUGGCAAGUUUGGCAGAGUUGAAAGUAAUGCGUAUCAGUUUGAUGAAGAAGCAAGCGAUAAAAUGAAUGUGGCAGAUUUUAUUGAUGAAGAGAUUGAUAAGUAUGCUACACCUCUAUGCUCAGAUGUUGAAGAAGAUGAUAAUGUGACAGAGCGUUAUUUCAGAUACAAGAAAGGCAAUGGUGAGUUGAAGUUAAGACAAGCUUUUGACAAUUUAGAGGAUAUCAAACAAGUUAUAUUAGCCUAUGUCGUAAAGAAAAGAUGGAAUGUGAAAUAUGUUCGUUGGGAGAACGACAAAUCUGAACUCAGAUGUUCAAAGCAGAAAAAGAUUGGGAAUUGUAAGGUAUUUCCUGCUGGUAAUGAGAUCUAUAAGGUUAGAGAGAGAAAAUCUGCAUUCAAGGUUUGCAUGCUUAUACACACUUGCACAUGGAAAAUGCCAAGAUUAUCUUGUUGUCAUUAUAGUAAACCAAUUGAGGUAGUGCGUUGUAUAAACUUUUGGGAAAAGUCUGAUGAAGUGGAGAUUAUGCCGCCAUCAACGGAAAUAGAACCAACAAAAAGAAGAAAGAAAAUUCCUAUAAGAAUCAAAAUAAUGAAUGUGUCUCCAAGUAAGAAGAUGACUCGAUUUUUAUUAAUGAUUUCAGGAGAAAGAAGAACCAUUCACUUUGGAAGAUGUGGAAACAGUAGACAUAACACAAGAAAGUGUCAAAAUGUUGUACUAGCUAUUCAUCGACCACCAAAAAUGAAGAAAGUAUCUGAAGAUCGAUCUGAUUUUGGUGAGGGAUCAAGUCAACCAACGCAAAGCCAAUUGGAUAUUGAUGUGUUUUGGAUUCAAAGAUUCAUUUCU